UGACAUCACUGUAUGAAGCUGCCCACUGAAGGCUGGAGUUUAGAUGAUGCACAAAGAAAGAAGUCACUUUUCCACGGUUCUCCUAAAUGACACGCGCUCAAUCUGGAAAAAUCCCUUUAUAAUCUGACAUACUGUGUUGGACUCGCGAGUUUGGAGCUGUUUGUUUUUCUCGAGCUUACAGAAAUGUACUGGAUGUUAACUAUGACUAUCAUUAAGCCAUAUUGUACGUCGUUUCUCUCUUUUUCACUCGAAUCGGUGAUGUCAAUCUGAUCCAAAAUGAAGUUUGGGAAGAAUAUAUGCAUCUUAAACGUUGGUGGCACCAAGUAUGCUUUCACAAGAGAAGUUAUAAAGGAUUUUCCCCUCCGAAGAGUGAGCAGACUCCACAGCUGCUCCUCUGAAAAGGAGGUCUUGGAGGUAUGUGAUGAUUAUGACCGGGAGAGGAACGAGUUUUUCUUCGACAGGCACUCUGAGGCGUUUGUCUUUAUUAUGCUUUAUGUCCGAUCUGGAAAGCUCAGGUUUGUCCCGCAGAUGUGCGAGCUUUCCUUUUACAACGAGAUGAUCUACUGGGGUUUGGAGAGCUCGCAUUUGGAGUUUUGUUGCCAGCGACGACUGGAGGAUAGGAUGUCCGACACGUACACGUACUUUUCAGAGGAGGAUAUCAAGGCAGAGGUGGAGUCCAGAGGUGAGGAGGAUCAGGUCACCAGGUUAACCCCGGAGACAGGGAACGCGCGGUGGCUGGAGAGGAUGCGGAGGACUUUUGAGGAGCCAGCUUCCUCUAUCGCUGCGCAGAUCCUGGCAUCAGUGUCAGUGGUUUUUGUCAUUAUGUCUAUGGUCAUCCUCUGUGCGAGCACUCUGCCGGACUGGGAUACAGCAAAAAACAAUACAGUGGAAGAACACAGGAUCAUCGAGGCAGUUUGCAUCGGCUGGUUCACUGCCGAAUGCAUAGUGCGCUUCAUUGUCUCACGGGACAAAUGUGAGUUUGUGCGCCGCCCCCUUAAUAUUAUUGACCUGCUGGCGAUCACUCCUUACUAUGUGUCUGUCGCUAUGACAGCGCUGACAGGAGAAAACCCUCAGCUACAGCGAGCAGGAGUCACCCUGCGCGUAUUGCGAAUGAUGCGCAUCUUUUGGCUAAUCAAGCUGGCGCGUCACUUCCUCGGGCUGCAGACGCUCGGGCUGACGCUGCGCAGGUGCUACCGCGAGAUGGUCAUGCUGCUGGUGUUUGUCUGCGUCGCCAUGGCGAUAUUCAGUGCCCUGGCACAGCUGUUGGAGCACGGCCUUGACCUGGAGACUAGCAAUGAGGACUACGCCAGCAUCCCGGCAGCCUGCUGGUGGGUUAUUAUCUCCAUGACGACCGUCGGCUAUGGAGACAUGUAUCCCAUCACCAUUCCGGGACGCGUGCUGGGUGGUGUGUGCGUUGUGAGUGGCAUUGUGCUGCUGGCUCUGCCCAUUACCUUUAUCUACCACAGCUUCGUGCAGUGCUACCACGAACUCAAAUUCCGCUCAGCACGCUGCGUGCGAAGUCUCUCCUCUGAGUUUCUCAACUGACUGUAGCACAGCUCGUCCUGAGAUCCUCCGAACCUGCUGGUCUUCAGCUUAGCAACAUCACCUGCUCUUCUGUGCCUUUAUUUUGUACCAAGAUCUAAAAUUUAGCAAAGGGACAAGCUAAUCUGUUGGGGAAAAAUCAGCGUUUAGACUCUCUAUUAUAUCCAAAUAAAAACACAAGUACCUCUGUACUCAAGGACACAUUCUGGAAUUCAUCGAUGUUGACAAUACAGGCAUCUGGAACUAUUUCUGUCCAUCCUGGGACUAACAGAACAGGACAAAAGAGACAAAUCCCCAGCUCAAAGCUGGAAAGUGCACAAUAAAGCAUUACGAUCCAAAGGAAAUACAUUAGCCAAUGUUUGUGUUGUAACCCCCUUCCUGUGUGAACGAACAAAACCGAUCCAACAGCAUUUUUCCGUGUACGAAAUGGACAACUGUGGCAUUUGACGACUACAGAUGGCCAGGCUGCCUGGAACGGGCAUCUGGCGGGACCUUGUGUCCUGACAGUGCUCCAGCCUAGAAGGAGCUUACACAAAUUCUCAUGUUUCCAUGGAGAGGUCCCUCCGACUUGCUAAAUCAUUAAUUCAGCCCCCAAUAAAGUGGCAAAGCAAGGGAAACCAGAGUAAAAGGUUUUAGAGUGGCAAUAUAGAAGCGUUUGAAGAUGAUAAGAAAGCAAAUACUGUGAUUGCUUUGACAUUAAAGUCACUGUCAAAUGUGCAGUUUCAAAUAAAGUUAAAGGUCUAUAGAAUGCUAGUUAACAUUACUAAGCCACAAAAAAACAAACAUCAGCUGUUCAUCCAGACAGCGACAAGUCUGCAACCUGUCCAUACACGACUGUGUGAAUCAAGAGGCGUUAACUAAAUUGAUUAGCAAACACCUCACCCACACGCUCACCAGUAGGAGGGCUGUCACUCGCUUCCUUCUUCCUCUUUGAAUACAAGCACAAAAUCAAACCUCUUUUCUUCAUUCAAGGGACUUUCUGAGUUUGUGUAUCCUGGAAUACAAAGAUGGGUUUUGCAUUGUAUUUAAUGAGAUAUGCUGCAUAUGAUAUGAUUUAUUGAGUGGAAUACAGUACAGAAGUAUUUCAUUAUAUAAAAGCAUCUAUUGACUAUAGGUUAUAUAACCUACAGAUAUUUUCUUAGCUGAAUUGAUGAUAAUGUCAAAAUCAAGAUAGAGUGCAUUGUUUAAUUCAGGUUAUCCUCUAAUGACAUAAUUUGUCUUUAGCUUAAAUUGUCAUGUCAGUGUUGGGAUCUUAUUUGAAUAAUUGCAGAAACAUUGCUUGGUUGAUGUCACACCACACAAUGUUUAUUUUUGCAUCUGUAUGGAGACAUAUGCCUUCAUAGCUGUAUCAUUUUGUAGCUGUAUUUGUGGCUAUUUAAAAGGGUCAUAAUGAUGCAAAUGAAAUCUUAUGUAGCUCUAUUCUGUAAUCUAAAUGUAUUCUAAUUGGUAAAGACAAGGUUAUUUAUGUGUAUGAAGAAAAUAAAGAAAUGUUUAUUGA